GGGGGAGUAGAGGGGGGGGCAGCUCUCUCUCCUCUGCGGAUACACACUACUGAAUUUCUACAACCGUUUCUGCCUGGGUUACUAGCACUGACAAAACGGGCAAAUGUCGAAAUCCGAGUGGCGACUCCGCACAAUCCCCCGCUCGUGUCUGCUGAGCGCUUAACGUUCUUCUAGCGGCUUGCUUGCAGAAAGACGACGGCGGUUGACAAUAGCUCGCCAGCGUUGCGCCAUGGCACUGGGUAGCUAGCGAGCUGCUGUGUCUCAACUGUUCGAGCUCAUGUAAGCAAUAAUAGACCUCGCUUUAUUUAUCUGCCUAACCUGCUGCAACAUGCUGAUCUGGCCUCGAGUGGUGGUAAGGUGAUGACGAAGUCAUGACGAUGUUGAAAACUGGUUGGGGAUCUGUUCUCUGAGGAGAUGAUGAAGAAACGUCCAUUGCUGUGUAAUUCUCUCAGAUGCUCACCGACUUCACUUUGGAGCUUCACAUACGCUGAGCUAUGGUGAUGCUAAUCCAUAGCCUUAGCAUUAACAACAACAGCUGCCUCUGCAUGAUCGUCACAGCCAUGCUGAAACCUGCUGGUCCACAGAUGGAUUGAUGCCUGAAAGCAGUUAUUGGCAACUCUGCCCUUCCUCAAAUUCUGCUGUGCAGGGCGUGCUGAGUUCCAGCUUCCCCCCCGGCCCUGUGCCUCUGGGACCUUCUGCUUCCCACCUGCCGGAGGGGGACAACCUGAAUCGUCCGCUCGCCCCGAGCACCUCUGUGACGGACCUGUCUUUUCCCGGGCCACCCCCUCCCCCCCCGCCACCCCCAAAACGCCACUGUCGUUCGCUGUCUGUGCCGGAGGACCUCUCACGCUGCCGGUACACCUGGCGGCCAAGUGCCUCCAAGGUCUGGACACCAGUGAACCGCCGAUGCCACAGUGGAGGGGGCGCGGGGGGGCCGUGUCCGCUGCGUGCCCCCAGUUCCUCUCUUAAUUCCUCUCUGCAUUCUUCCUCGAGCCCCACUUUCUUCAGCUUGGCCCUUUCCCCAGAUUCCCCGCUGCCAUGGAGUUUCCCGUGGGACCCGAGUGACGCAGCCGGAGGCGGCGCCUGUUGCUGCUUCUUCCCUUCCGCUUCCUCGUGCUCUUCCUCUCCGUCUCCUCUUCACCCUCCUCCUCCUCCGCAGCGACGCUUCUCGCUCUCUCCUGUGCUCAUCCGUGAAGCCGCCGCACACUUCCUUCCUCCACCCCAGGCGCCCCUACAGCCUGCCUCCCAUCCUCCAGCCGUGCCCGCCUCGCCGUCCUCUGCAUGCAGCACUCCAUCUUCCGUGCGCCGCGCUCUUCCUCCUCAGCUUCCACGCUGUCACUCUCAGCCAUGUGACCUCCUCCUGCUCAAGCCUGGCCUGAAGCGUCGCAGGGACCCGGACAGACCAUGUGCACGGCCUGUGCUAGACUUCGCAAAAAUGACACAGACCCGAAGCACAGAUCCCCUCAGCUGUUUGGACCGUGGUAGACUUGCCUGCGGAGGCGACCUCUGCAUGGGUCUUGAACCUUUUUUUGGAGACUUCAGAGGGUCAUGUUCACCUGCUGAAGGAUUAGGAAGGACGAGUAUUGGACCGCUGAGUGAAAGUGAUGAGGAGGAGGAAGAGGAGGAGAGGGAAGAGGCAGACUCGUCACGUGAUGGAGGACAGCAAAGUGUUUUUGAGAGGGAUUGUACAGAAUUAGACAUUACUCUCAUUGAGGAGAAUUGAAAAAAAAAAUGUGUAAAGGAUGCUUUUUUUUUCACCCCUCUCUUGCAUUGCCAGCAUUCAACCCAUUUGUUCACCACCUGCUACACUGGCAGGCCUCUCAGGAACUCUGCUGCUCGCUCACGAGCUGUGCAGGUGUAUAAAAUCUCAUUGAUGCAUUAAUGAAGACAUGUUGACUAGUAGCAGUUAUUACAGGUUAAUGCAGUUGGUUGUGGAUGUUGACCCAAUAUCAUAUUACAUUCCAGAAUCAGUUGCAAAGAAACUCUAAGGAUGUGAAUAUUAGACAGCUGGUGGACACUUGCUAGGAAAUUUAGAUGUUCUCUAAAUAUAAAAAAAAAAAAAAAUCACUGAAAGGCAGAACUCGAAGGGAACUGAGCGUCUUGAGCUUCUUGCUGUCUUUCUUUUUCUUGUCUUUUUUUUCUUUCAACAUGUUUUCUUAGUAGGAAUAGUCUUUCGUGGAUGAUAGUUAUGAAUAACAGUGUUUUGUUCAGUUUGAAUUAAAAAAAAAAAAAGGUCAACAUGAGAGCUGUACUUUACUCUUUGGGCCUUUCUACUUCCUGAGAAAAGUCCAUCUAAUUCAGCAUAAGCCUUAAGAUGCCUUUUUCCUUUAUCAAAAAGACUCUUGAAGGAAAUGACUUGUGUAUCUGUUGUCCUUCCUACUGUUACUUUUUUGCUGUCUCUUUUUUAUCUUUUAACCUGUACAAUGCAUUCCUCUAAAAACUGAAUACAUUGAGUGUACAUUGAGUUAUGCACUGUAUUUGAGGCAGAAACAGAAAAAAAAAACCAACCACUGUAUUCUGAAGGCACACUGAAAUGCUGAACACGUCGCAUUGUACAGUAUUUGUUCGAAACAGAUUGACUGAAGAUGGUACCUUGGUGGGUGGAAGGUAUUUUUUUUUCUGUCUUUUUCUGUUGUAUGUGUAAUAAGAUUGAAAGUUCUGAUUCAGUUUAUGCAUAAAUAAAGUUUAUUUGAAAUUAUUUUACAGAGAAA